AUGUGUUUUGUGUUUUUAUGUGAUGAAGAAGAGAAGGAGUUAGGCAGGCAACAAGCUUCGGGGUCAUGUCCAUACUGUGGAGGUAAAGUACAAGCCGUGGAUUUUGAGAGCCGGUGGAGGUUCUGUUUCUUGCCCAUCUGCUACAAGGCUAACAGAAAGUAUUUUUGUACCUUGUGUUCCAGACGGUUGGAAUUAUAUCAUUAA